CACUGUAAUGAUAACAUCAGUGUGUCUGUUGAUAUGUGUGUUUAGUGUUGAGACCAAACCCGUCUUCUACAACAAACAAACUCCUCUCACUGAGGUAUUUUUCGUAACACUUCAGGUCCGUGCUCUCAUGAAGGAUGUAAAGGAUCCUGUAAGACUCGCAGGAUCUCUGGCGAAGGAAGCGAAAAGAGUAUUGACUCACGCCAGGAGCUAUCUGCUGGAAAUACAGAUGCCAGAAAAGGAACUGCGGGACGAAUACCGGAUGAGUGACCGAGACGUUUCAGAAUACCAGGAGUUGUGGGCGGAGAGUAUACAGGAACUGAACAAACUGGAAUACUUCUUUAAAAUCAGAGAUCAAGUUAAUAACAACACCCGUAAUCGGUGAUAGCAGUAGCCUAUUAACUGUUACUGAAACCCUGAAAGCUUUAAACGAUAAGGGAUCAAUGAAUAUUAAGACCUGAAUCAGCGAUAAACCUAACAGAAUAAACUGAACAAGCUGAACAG